AUGGCGUGGCCUGGGCCAUCACUCGCUCUCAUGGGCUGCCAUCGCUUCGCCAGCGGGUUCACCCCGCUGAAGCCGAAGCCGCUGGGAUCCAUCCUGGACAUCGAACGCGCCAAGGGUCUCUCCCCCGAGCACCUCGUCGCCGCCUGGGAUGACUAUCAUUUAGGAAGGGGUCAUAUAGGUGCAUCUAUGAAAGCGAAGCUUUACCAUCUCUUGGAACAAAGAUCAGAUUCAUGCCGUCACUUUGUUAUUCCUUUGUGGAAGGGAAGUGGAUACACCACUAUGUUCAUGCAAGUCCAGAUGCCAUACAUGAUCUUCACAGGACUCGAAGACUAUAAAGCACGAGGCACUCAAGCAAGUCCUUACUACACAGUCACUCAUUACACAGAGUUUGCAGAGACCAAGGACACGGUGCUUAUUCGAGGAGAUAUUGUUUUCACCAGCAAACUUACUGAUUCAGAGGCAAAGACUCUUCUAGAGACUGCUCACUCGUUCUACCUGAAUGAUACGAGCAAGCUAGCUAGCGUCCGUCGAUUGAUCAUGGCGUCUGCUCUGAUGCUGACCCUGCUGCUCUGCGCGUCGUCGUGGGUGGUCGCGGCGGCGGCGCAGAACUACAGUGCCAUCUUCAACUUCGGCGACUCCAUCACGGACACGGGCAACCUGUGCACCAACGGCAGGCCGUCGCAGAUCACGUUCACGCAGCCGCCCUACGGCGAGACCUACUUCGGCACGCCGACGUGCCGCUGCUCCGACGGCCGCGUCGUCGUCGACUUCCUGAGCACCCAGUUCGGGCUGCCGUUCCUGCCGCCGUCCAAGUCGAGCAGCGAGGACUUCAAGCAGGGCGCCAACAUGGCGAUCACGGGCGCGACGGCCAUGGACGCCCCCUUCUUCCGCUCGCUCGGGCUCUCCGACAAGAUCUGGAACAACGGGCCCAUCAGCUUCCAGCUCCAGUGGUUCCAGCAGAUCGCCACCGCCGUCGACUGCGGACAAAGCUGUAAGAGCUACCUGGCCAACUCCCUCUUCGUGUUCGGCGAGUUCGGCGGCAACGACUACAACGCCAUGAUCUUCGGUGGCUACUCCAUCGAGCAGGCCAGGAAAUACACCCCCAAGAUCGUCAACACCAUCUCCAGGGGCAUUGAUAAACUGAUCGGGAUGGGCGCGACGGACAUCGUCGUCCCCGGGGUGCUGCCCAUCGGGUGCUUCCCCAUCUACCUCACCAUCUACCAGAGCUCCAACAGCAGCGACUACGACGACCUCGGCUGCCUCAGCAGCUUCAACGACCUGUCCACGUACCACAACACGCUGCUGCAGAAGAGGGUGGGCAUCAUCCAGAGCAGGCACAGGAAGACGGCGCGGAUCAUGUACGCCGACUUCUACUCCGCCGUCUACGACAUGGUCCGGAACCCACAGACCUACGGGUUCAGCUCGGUGUUCGAGACGUGCUGUGGAUCAGGCGGCGGCAAGUACAACUACCAGAACAGCGCGCGGUGCGGCAUGUCGGGCGCCUCCGCGUGCGCCAACCCGGCGGCGCACCUCAGCUGGGACGGCAUCCACCUCACCGAGGCCGCGUACAAGCAGAUCGCCGACGGCUGGCUCAAGGGGCCUUACUGCCGCCCGCCCAUCCUGCACAGCUAA